UAAUUAAAUUUUAGUUUUAAGGGUGCAAAUUAUGUGUUUCAAAAAUAAAUGCCAUUGCACAAGUCGUAAAAAUAUAUCGAAGUGUCCAAAUGACAAUUAAUAAUUAAUUCAAUAAAAUCAUGGUGGUUAGAUAUUAUUGACCCUAGACCAUGGUUACUAGUUAUUCUUAACCUUUAAAUUAUUAUUAAUUUAAUGUAUAAUCACAUUCUUCACAACUGAUAAGAAAAGAAAAUUAAAAAUUGAUGGAUCACAAUAUUUUAAAUUUUAAAUUUUAAUGAUAUUUUAGCUAAUUGUUCAGGGCAUUGGUAUUCCUGUCAUAAUUUUAAUAACAGUUGCCAGUUAAUUUAAUAUUAUGGCUACACAUUAUUGUAGAAAAAUAUUUGGUAAAAAUCUGACUCACAACUUAAAAACUAGAAUUUGUCCAUCAUAUCUAUCAACAUUGCCUAAAUCACAACUUGAUAUUCCACAAGAUGUACAAUCUCUUCCUGAUGAAUCCAAAUUUAAGUUGUCCAACCCAGAUGCUUUUGAUGUAAAAAGUAUGGUUAGAAUUAAAAGCCUAUUUGAAGCUGGCGUGCAUUUUGGUCAUACAGAAGGAACAUUAGAUGAUAGAAUGAAACAAUAUUUGUAUGGUAACAGAUUAGGACAUUUAAUUAUAGAUUUAAAUCAUACUAAAAGACUUCUACAACAAGCCCUUAAUGUAACUGCACAUAUAUCAUACAGAGGUGGAGUAAUUUUGUUUUUGUGUCAAUCACCCCUCAAUUGUUUGACAGUUGAAAAUUGUGCAAAAGAAUGUGGUGAAUUUGCUCAUACAAGAUAUUGGCGAGAUGGUAUGUUUACAAACUCUUCAAGGAUUUUCAAAGCGGAAACCAGAUUACCUGAUCUGUGCAUUGUAUUAAAUACAUUGAGCAGUACAUCUAAGAACAAUAGUGGACAACAUAGUGUUCUCUCAGAUGCUGCAAAAAUGUUAAUACCAACUAUUGCUAUUGUUGAUACAGAUGCUAAUCCUAAUAUUGUGACAUACCCAAUACCAGGCAAUGAUGAUACACCAAGUGCUAUAAACCUUUAUUGUGAUUUAUUUAAAAAUGUUAUUCUCAAGGCAAAAAAAGUUAGAAAAGAAAUCUUAGAUAAAAAUAAAACAUAAGUACGACGUAAAAAUGUAUUUGUAUAAAAAGUUGUUGAAAAAAAUUAUAAAAUUAAUAAAUAUUAAUUUACGUAAACUGCGUUGAUAUCUUCAAGUUUGAAAAUGUUGAUGUCUUAUUCAUUGAUUGUCACGCAAUUUAUUAAUGGUUUUGUAGCCGUAGAGUUCAUACAAUCUGUAAAAUAUAGUUGAUUUUUUAAAUAUUCAAAUAAAUUUAAAAGAAUUAUUAUAUUAUGACAUACUUUGUAUUCACAUAUUAGAGCAUAAUUAUUUUGGUUUACACACUAAAUUAAAAAAAAAAUUAGAAUUGUAUUAACUAAUAGAUCGCCUGGAUGUGUUUCUUGGAGGACCAUGCUUUAUUUUGAAUAAAUAAAUUUAUUUUUAUUUUAUUUUA